GGGGCGGGGCGUUGCUGUGCCGGGCUCGCAGCGGCCGCCGGCCCCGCGGCUGCCUUUCCUUCCCUGGCCGCCCUUCCCUCCUGGUGCCGCUGUCCUCACCGUGCCCCCCUUUGCCCUUAGUGCCGCUAACCCCCCCCGUGCCGCCAUGCCGGGCCCACCCUGCGGGUCCCUGCUGGACUACAAGACUGCCAAGUUCUCGCUGACGCGGAACCGGCGGGUGGGGCUGCUGCACCGGCUGCUGCAGCUGGGCGCGCUUGGCUACCUGCUGGGGUGGGUGCUGCUGCUGCGCAAGGGGUACCAGGAGCGCGACACAGCCCCGCGUGUCGCCGUGGUCACGAAGGUGAAGGGGGCGGCGGUCGCCGAGGCCGCGGGCCGGCGGCUCUGGGACGCUGCGGAUCUCACCUGGCCCCCGCAGGGAGAAAAUGUGCUUUUCCUGGUGACCCAUUUCAUCGCCACAAUCCAGCAAGCCCAAGGCACCUGUCCCGAGAGCCCCUCUGUCCUCGACGGGAUGUGCACAGAAGAUGCAGAUUGUCCCAUGGGAAACCCUGUGGUUCAUGGCAAUGGGAUAAAAACUGGGAAAUGUCUGAUGUUCAAUGCCACCCAUUCCACCUGUGAGAUCUAUGGCUGGUGUCCUGUGGAGAAUAGCACCCUUCCCAGGAAACCUCUUCUGGCUGAGGCAGAGAAUUUCACUCUUUUUAUAAAAAAUACUGUCCACUUCACCAAAUUUAACUUCUCCAAGUGCAACACCUUACAAACCAGUGACCCCAGCUAUUUCAAGAGCUGCACAUAUGAUCCAGUCUUCAACCCCUCCUGCCCUGUGUUCCGUGUCCGUGACAUGGUGGAGGCAGCUGGAGAGAACUUUGGAGACCUCGCACUACUGGGGGGAAGUAUCAGAGUUCUUAUCGAGUGGAACUGCGACCUGGACCACCCCGCUACCCAGUGCCAACCACAGUACUCCUUCAGCCUGCAGGACAUGAGGUACAAUUUCAGAACUGCCUCCUACUACUGGGGCUCGCAGCAGCAGCUCUACCGGAACCUGCUGAAGCUCUACGGGAUCCGCUUCGACCUCUCUGUGCAUGGCCAGGCUGGGAAGUUCAGCAUUGUUCCUACUGCCGUGAGCUUUGGCACCAGCAUCGCCUUCUUUGGUGCCGCUACAAUGAUCUGUGACCUGGUUCUGCUCUACCUUGAUGCAAAGGCUGACCUUUAUUGGAAGGAGAAGUUUGAGGAGGUAAGGAUAGGGCCACAUGGGAGAGAGGAGGUUUUGAGGUGAAGCAUUUUGGAUUUAAUGAUUUUCUGCCCUUUGGUUAAAACUCAGUUCCCAAGAUCAGGGAAAAACCUAGUGGAGCAGCUCUUAGUUUUCAAUUUUUGGGCUUGAUUGCCAGUCUGACCUGGGAGAGAGAUCCAGCUGCUGCUGGGAAUCAGGGAAAGUUGUGUCAUGACCUCAUCUACUGUCAAAACAUCCAUCAGUGGGUCGCCAUGGAGACCUUAAUCUGGAAAACUGACCCAGCUCUGCUUUUCACCCUCUUCCAAAGGGAAUCUGUUGGGACUCCAUGCAGAGAGGGGCCAGCUCUUCAGGGCACAUCCUGUUCUGUGGGUCAUUGACAGGUUUAUGUGCCAAACAUUAUUCCAUUGUGGGAAUUCACUGCCCUGGUGAAUCAGGGAGUCACAGGGAGUCCCCUGCAGACCAGGAGAGCUGGCAGUCCUGCCUCAGGUCAUUUCCAGCUUUGUCUGUCAAGUCUUUGGAGCCUCUGAGGACUGAGAUUCCCCA